CGAUUCAUUCUCAUUAUAAUCAUCAGCCUAUGCAAAAUGGCAGCCAAUUUCGAGAAAAUUUCCGACGUUGUUUCCAACGGAAUUGUGCCUGUCACAAAGUAUAGAUCGACUGAAACUGGUCUGACAGUAUGUCUAGCCCAGGUAGAAGGUCCUCUUGUGAAUGGCUACUUUGUUUUAGCCACUGAAGCUCAUGAUGAUGAUGGACUGCCCCAUACCCUGGAACAUCUCAUCUUCCUCGGCAGUGAAGAGUACCCCUUUAAGGGUGUGUUGGACAUGCUAGCCAAUCGUUGUUUGGCUCAGGGAACCAACGCAUGGACCGAUACUGACCAUACUUGCUACACAGUGAUGACCGCCGGUAGCCAAGGCUUCAUCAAUCUAAUGCCUAUCUACCUCGAUCAUGUUCUCUACCCGACACUCACGGAUGCUGGAUACACCACUGAAGUGCAUCACGUUAAUGGAGAAGGAGAGGAUGCGGGGGUCGUGUACUGUGAGAUGCAAGGGAGGGAGAAUGCAGGGGAGUCAAGAUGUCACCUAGCCAUGCUGAGAAAGAUGUAUCCAGGUCACUGCGGGUACAAGUCGGAGACAGGAGGAAUCAUGUCCAAUCUUCGAACCACAACUUCGAACGAGAAAGUUCGCAACUACCAUCGCGAUUUCUAUCGUCCUGAAAACCUGUGUCUGAUCAUCACGGGAAAGGUUGCACCGGAGGAAGUCUUCAAGGCUUUAGAACCGUUUGAACAAAAGAUCAAAUCUAAGGGAGCCCUGCCCCCACAUGUCCGCCCGUGGCAGUCUGCUGUACCACCCCUGCCUGAGAAAGUGGUAGAGACCGUUCUGUACCCAUCUGAUGAUGAAUCCAAUGGAAUGAUCUACUUGGCUUGGAGGGGUCCACGUGCUCAGGAUAUGUACAGGAUGUCUGCAGUGAUGAUUCUUCUUGAGUACCUGACAGACACCUCGGUAGCUCCUCUGCAGAGAGACUUUGUAGAGCUGUCCGAUGCCUACUGCAGCAAGGUGCGCUACUCUAUCAUAGAAGCCAAAGCCUCCUGCCUCUAUCUCAAGUUUGAGAACGUUCCCAAAGCUAAACUGGGUGACAUCAAUGGAAGGACGUUCACCCUUCUGGCUAAGCUAUCGAACGGGACUGAAGAGAUUGAUAUGGAGAGGAUGAGCAGCGUGAUCCAUCGUAGAAUCCUGGAAGCACUCAACCAUAUGGAAGAUAGCCCACACGAGACCUUUGCCUUCAUGUGUAUUGGGGAUUUUCUGUACGAUGACACAGAAGUUGAGGUGAGUGAUGGAUCUUUUGUAUCAUUGUCUUUAAAUGAUUUUCUGUACAAUGUUAUAGAGGAAUAGGUGAGUGAUGCAUCUUUUUAAUCAUUGUCUUUAUAUGCAGAAAUGAUUUUCUGUACAAUGAUAUAGAGGAAUAGAUGAGUGAUGCAUCUUUUGAAUCAUUGUCUUUAUAUGCAUGAGUGAUUUUAUGUAUGAUGAGACAGAUGAACAGGGGAGUGAUGCAUCUCUAGUAUCAUGGUCUUCAUAUGAAUUGGCAAAAGCUGUACAGUUAUCCAGAAGAUUGGAUGAGCGAUUCAUCUUUAGUAUCGUUGUCUUCAUAUGCAUCUUAAUUUUGGCUUCACAACAGACACAUACAGCUAAGACAAAGCAAGCAUUGGGUAUGCACAAGGAAGAGGGGUGCACAGUGUAAUUCUUAUUUGUUCUCGUUUUACCAGGCUGUUAUAUUUCAAAAUAGCUGAGUGUCACGUCACACCUUUUUUUAAGCCAAUAGGAUACAUGAACUUGCUAACAAACCCAAAUUUUAUAUUAUAGUAUUAAU